AUGCCUCGUCAAUUUUUCGUGGGUGGUAACUUCAAGAUGAACGGUACUGCGGACAGCAUUACCUCCAUCAUCAAGAACCUCAAUGCCGCCAAGCUGGACGAGUCCGCCGAGGUGGUUGUCUCUCCCCCCACCCUCUACCUGCUCCCCGCCCGCCAGGCCGCCGGCGAGAAGAUCGGCGUCGCUGCUCAGAACGUCUUCGACAAGCCCAACGGUGCUUUCACCGGUGAGAUCAGUGUCGAGCAGCUCCGUGAUGUCAAGAUCGACUGGACCAUCAUUGGUCACAGCGAGCGCCGUGUUAUCCUGAAGGAGAGCGACGAGUUCAUUGCCCGCAAGGUCAAGGCUGCCAUUGACGGUGGCCUCAGCGUUAUCUUCUGCAUUGGCGAGACUCUCGAGGAGCGUGAGGCCAACAAGACCAUCGACGUUGUCACCAAGCAGCUCAACGCUGUUGCCAAGGAGCUCACCAAGGAGCAGUGGGCUAAGGUUGUUGUCGCCUACGAGCCCGUCUGGGCUAUCGGUACCGGCAAGGUCGCCACGACCGCCCAGGCCCAGGAGGUCCACGCCGCUAUCCGCAAGUGGCUCGUUGAUGCCAUCUCCCCCGAGGCUGCCGACAACACCCGCAUCAUCUACGGUGGUUCCGUCAGCGAGAAGAACUGCCGUGACCUGGCCAAGGAGGCCGAUGUCGACGGAUUCCUGGUUGGCGGUGCCAGCUUGAAGCCUGCCUUCGUUGACAUCAUCAACGCUCGUCUGUAA